AUGGCUUCGACGGUGGGAUUAGCACCGGGACUUUCUCGGAAGCUGAAGAAGGUAUUGGAAUGUCGUACGGAUAGUCCGGAUCUGGUGGCGUCGCUAAACGCUCUGUCCUCUUUCUAUGACGAGAACAGUGCUCACGCGCGGCGGAAUCUCAGAUCGACGAUCGAGAAGCGCGCGCUUCAGAUCAACAGCGAGUUCCUUAGCGCGGCUGAUUCGACUCAGAUCGCAUUGGAUCGCGUGGAGGAGGAAGUGAACGCCUUGGCUGAUUGUUGCGAUAAGAUUGCGGCGGCGCUAAGUAGCUCCGCUGCUACCACCAGCGAUAUCAUCAGUACCACUGAGAGGCUAAAGCAAGAGCUUGAUGUCACUACUCAGAGGCAAGAGAUCGUCAAUUGCUUUCUUCGUGAUUACCAGCUGUCCAACGAAGAGAUUAAAGCGCUUAGGGAAGAUGAAUUGAACGAGAACUUCUUCCAAGCGUUGUCUCACGUUCAGGAAAUUCAUUCCAACUGCAAAUUACUUCUCAGGACGCAUCAUCAGCGCGCAGGCUUGGAACUGAUGGAUAUGAUGGCUGUGUACCAAGAAGGAGCAUAUGAGCGACUUUGCAGAGCUCCUUACGAACUAUGUCAAAUCAUACAGGUAGGGAAUCUGAGGCAUAAUGCAUUAUUUAGAAGGUUCAUUAGCGCUCUUACACGUGGAGGACCCGGAGGAAUGCCUAGACCCAUUGAAGUGCAUGCCCAUGACCCUUUACGAUACGUGGGAGACAUGCUUGGGUGGCUACAUCAGGCUUUGGCAUCAGAAAGAGAAUUGGUUCAUGCUUUAUUUGAUGUAGACUCUGCUGACCAUAAAUCAACAGCGAAGAACACCGCUGAGAAUAAUUCCCUAAAGGCAGCAGAAUCUGAUUUUACAUUUGUUCUGGAUAGAAUUUUUGAAGGAGUUUGCCGGCCAUUUAAAGUGAGAGUCGAACAAGUUCUCCAGUCACAACCAAGUCUUAUAAAUUCAUAUAAACUCACCAACACCUUGGAGUUCUACAGCUACACCAUCUCAGAUUUACUUGGACGAGACACUGCUCUGUGUAAUACAAUUGCGAUGGUAAAGAACGCUGCACAGAAAACCUUCUUCGACAUUCUUAAAACCCGAGGGGAGAAACUCUUACGAUACCCUCCACCUGUAGCCAUUGAUCUCUCUCCGCCUCCAGCUGUUCGAGAAGGAAUUUCUCUAACUCUUGAGAUAAUAGAGAAUUACAACAGCAUGAUGGUCUCCGCUUCAGGAGAGAAACCGGCUUUUGAUCCCGUCCUCUCUGCACUGCUUGACCCAAUCAUCAAGAUGUGCGAGCAAGCAGCAGAGGCACAUAAAUCGUAUAAAUCGAAGAUGAGCGGCCAAUUAUCCAGAAGAAGCAGAUCAAGUACCGACUCAAACCAAUUAACUUCAGUCGAUGCUCUACUCUCUAGCAGCCCGUCCCCACCACAGAACAAUGAAACACCCUCGAAGAUAUUCCUCAUCAACUGUCUAUGCGCGAUCCAGCAACCGUUGCUUAGACACGACGUCGCGUCCCAGUACGUAACCAACAUCGGAUCAAUGAUCGAGAACCACAUAAACCUCCUCGUACAGAAAGAAGUCGACACACUCCUUCAAAGAUGCGGUCUUUCGGACAAAAUGCAAAUCUUCCGCACUUCCACUUCAACCGAACUUCCUUUGUCCGAACAGCAAGACACAUCGCCCGCGACGCUAUCUGAAUGCCUCAAAGCGUUCUUCGGCCUCGUUUUGGGAAGCGAAGGCUCUCUUCCCGAGUUCGAGCAGAUACAAGUCCCUAAACUAAGGUCUGAAGCUUGUGUCAGGGUAGCUAAAACUUUAGCUGAAGCAUACGAAGUUAUAUACAGAGCUGUAAUGGAUCAACAAAACGGGUAUUCGGAUCCGAAAUCCCUCGCCCGACAUCCUCCGGAUCAGAUCCGAACCAUUCUCGGUAUAUGA